CACACCUUAAGAAAAACUUUAAAAACUUAAACGUAAAGUCCUAAAAACGUCAGUCUUUGUACGUCACAGGAUUAAUCGAAAAAAGGUAAACACUUAAAACAAUAUAGUAUGUUUUUUUUUCUAUGAAAUCUAUGCUCACCAGAGAUUAUUCAAAAAAUGCAGCGUAUUCGUUCUAGAUCUGUAGGUUAAUGCGCGGAGCAGGGUAUGCGCAUGCGCGUUGCCAUUGUGCUUUUUAUAAAUUAAGAUAAAAUAAAAAGUAAUACGUAAAAAGUAAAUAUUUAAAUAUUCCCAAACAACAACACAACAACGCGCAAAAAAAUCUGUUUGUUAGUUGUUGCUGUUUCUUUUUUUUUCCCUUUUUUUUUUUUUUUUUUUUAAAAUAUAACCGACCUCUGAGGCGCAAUUUCCGACAGUGAGUGGAAUGGCCGCGAUACAGACGGGAAGACACAAGCGGAUAAUGUUCGCGUUAAUUAAGUGGUCGGAAGAUGGAAAGUUCUCAAUUCUGCCAACUGAACACAUUCGGGAUUUUGAUGAGGAGGAAUACUUGGACGGUUUGGAGGAAAAGGAUGUUUAUUUGGUGGAGUGGCGACAAGGCGCCAAGGAGCCAAAAGGCGGGUGGCCGGUCUAUGAAGCCUCCAUCAUCAAGCUAGCAGAAAGGGAAAAAACCUUGCAAACAAAACUUAAGGAAAUUGAGGAACAACUACCCAAGCCAGAGGUGCUUAAGAGAAAAAGUAAACCUUCUAUGAAACUCCUUGAGGCCACAGAGGUAGACGAACCAGCAGCUAAGAAAAAGGCAUACCCAACAGACCAACAAAACGAUCUAAGGUUAUGGAAUGAAAAGAAAAUUGAACAUCUACAGCGUGUCAUUAAUCAGUUGAGAGAAGAGAACUCGAAUCUAAAAAGAGAGAACGAGAGGCUGAAAAAUGAAAUACUUGAAAAAAUCCCACCUCUCCUUCAGGCUACAGAACAUUUACUUACCAAGCCCAUGCCAAUGAAUGCAGAUCUUCCUGACAUGUCAACGUCUCAACCUGAUGCUACCCUCCCUCAUUCUCCUAAAGUGCCCAACUCUUCAUGCAAAGCUUCUACAUCUGGUGAUGCUAAAGGUACCAGUGAUGCUGAAUAUGUGGAGAUAGCACAUGCUACAGGAGUAAAAAUUCUUAAACAUCAGUGGGCUGCUGCUCUUCAGGCCAAAACACCCACUUCAAUGGUGCGUGUUCUUCUGAUGGCUGCCUUCCCACUGGAGGUUUUGAUCCAGAGCAAUUUAAAAGUGGCAGUCAGGAAGAGGUUCCCCAAUGUAUCCAGAGGGGCUUUGGGGAUUGCAGUCAAUUCAAAGCUAGGGGAACUCAGACUGUUGGAGAAGAAAAAGUUACAUAUUAAGUUGAGGGUUGCCGAUGUCAACACACUCAGUAAACUGAUCCGCAAUGCCAGUAGUUUUGUGGGUAUGGAGCUGGACUCUCUUAAGGUGAUGUCUGAGAGGUGA